AUGGAGGCUGCUAUAGCGGCCGGCGCAGAAGUCAGCCGUGUAAGUCGUCGCAUUCUGCAGAAGAUUUGGGACCCGGAGCCUAUCAACGACCGGAACUCGAACGAACCGGCCUGGUGUUUAGGCCGCGCAUACAUACUCGGUCCGAAGGCGUCGGGAGCACCUCAGCCUGUCGUUGCAAGUACACCUCCCGCAGACCCCGCAACAGAUAAAAUAGGUACAAAAGCGGCGUCGGUGCCCUCAGUUGUGCGGCGGGGAGCAACUACCCAACAAUCACCCGACACGCCACCGGAUUCGCUCGCCAGCAGCCUCGAUUCGUCACUCGCAUACGAAGAGUCUAGCGGAGACAGCGGUUGGCCACCCGCCUUCUUGGAUGACUUCGAAUCUCGAAUAUGGAUGACUUACCGGACUGGAUUCGAGCUGAUCCCCAGGUCUACUGACCCGAGAGCAACCUCGUCUUUCUCAAUCGCGAUGCGCCUUAAAACGACAUUGGGGGAUCAGACAGGGUUUACAUCAGAUACAGGCUGGGGUUGUAUGAUCAGGUCGGGUCAAAGCCUGUUGGCAAACGCGUUGUUGAUUUCAAGGCUGGGACGCGACUGGAGGCGAAUGACAGAUCCUGAUGCUGAGCGGCCCAUAUUGGCGUUAUUUGCUGACGACUCCCGCGCCCCAUACUCAUUGCAUAAUUUCGUCAAACAUGGAGAACUGGCAUGUGGUAAAUAUCCCGGAGAGUGGUUCGGACCGUCGGCAACAGCCCGCUGCAUCCAAGCUUUAGCAAACAAACACGAGUCCUCCUUGCGGGUUUACUCCACGGGUGAUCUUCCUGAUGUCUAUGAGGACAGCUUCAUGGCCACGGCCAAGCCCGACGGCGAGACUUUCCACCCAACUCUGAUCUUGGUAUGCACAAGGUUGGGUAUUGACAAGAUCAACCAAGUAUAUGUGGAGGCUUUGAUUUCUACUCUGCAGAUGGAGCAGUCUAUUGGAAUUGCAGGAGGUCGUCCUGCAUCAUCGCACUACUUUGUCGGAGUUCAGGGACAAUGGCUCUUUUAUCUUGACCCUCAUCACCCUAGACCGAAACUACCAUACCGCGAGAAUCCUGAUGACUAUACGUCGGAGGAACUGGAUUCCUGCCACACUAGGCGGCUACGCCGUCUCCAUGUUGAGGAUAUGGACCCCAGCAUGUUGAUCGGAUUCCUAAUCAAAGACGAGGAUGACUGGGACAUGUGGAAGAGUGCAGUGAAGCACGUGCAAGGGAAGUCCAUCAUCACCGUCUCGCCUUACGAUCCUACACGGGAUAUGGGCUCGGCUCGAGCGGAGGCCAUCGAAGAAGUACAGACACUGAGCGACGACGACGACGACACGGUGCUUGAAGCAUAG